AUUCUGCCAGGCCUGGUGCACGUCCCCUGCCACUUUUCUCUCUGUCAAUCUGACUGGCAGGAACCAGACUGCCUGUUGAGUCUAGUCAACAUGGCUGGGAGUGUGGCCAUGGAGUAAUGCAGCCUACACCUGGGCAAAUGGAGGUGGAUCAUCUGCAGAGCCUUACAUUCCUCACUGCAGCAGAAAUCUCCAGGCCGUGUUGCUGAGAGCAGAGGGACCCCUUCCCGGCUCAUCUCAGCCCUUCCCGGGGCAGCUGGACAGCAAUCACUGCAGGCACCUUUCCUACACCGCUUCUUCACCUGGGAUGAAGGGUCUGGGGACCAGGUCAACGUGGAGGUAUCCAGCUACAAUGCCCAGCUUCAAGCUGCCUCGACUCCUUCAAGUCCAUCAGGUUCCCCGGGUGUUCUGGGAAGAUGGCAUCAUCUCUGGCUACCGAUGCCCCACAAGCUCCGCCUUAGACUGUGUCCUCAGCUCCUUCCAGAUGACCAAUGAGACGGUCAACAUCUGGACUCACUUCCUGCCCACUUGGUACUUCCUGUGGCGCCUCCUGGUGUUGGGGAGCCCCGGCUUCCGCGCAGAGCCCUACCGCCUUCCGCUUCUGGUCUUCCUCCUGCCCGUCUGUCUCUAUCCCUUCGCCUCUUGCUGCGCGCACACCUUUAGCUCCAUGUCGCCCUGUGCGCGCCACAUCUGCUUCUUCCUGGACUACGGGGCGCUCAGCCUCUACAGCCUGGGCUGCGCCUUCCCCUAUGCUGCCUACUCCAUGCCGGCCUCCUGGCUGCACAGCCAUCUGCACCAGCUCUUCGUGCCCGCUGCUGUGCUCAACUCCUUCCUGUGCACCGGCCUCUCCUGCUACUCACGGUUCCCAGAGCUAGAAAGCCCCGGGUUCAGCAAGGCUCUCCGCGCAGCCGCCUUUGCCUACCCAUUCUUGUUUGACAGCCUCCCGCUGUUCUACAGACUGUGGCUGUGUUGGGGCAGGGCCCACAGCUGUGGGCAGGACAUGCUGAGCUCCAGCCACGCCUACCACCUUCUCUGUGCUCUGCUCGCAGGCUUCCUUUUUGCAGCCCGUCUGCCAGAGCGCCUGGCACCUGGGCGCUUCGACUAUAUUGGCCACAGCCACCAGCUGUUCCAUAUCUGUGCAGUGCUGGGCACCCACUUCCAGCUGGAGGCAGUGCUGGUUGACAUGGGAGCCCGCAGAGCCUGGUUGGCCGCGCAGGAACCCAUGCUGGGCCUGGAGGCCGCAGUGGCCACACUGAGCCUGGCAGUCAUUGGGAACCUGCUCAUCAUCGCCACUUUCACAGCCCUCUUGCUUCGGAGCCCGGGAACCUGCACCCUGCUGCGGGGGAGCCCACUAGAGGAGGGACUGCAGACCAAACAACAGUGAGGUCCGGCUCUGCUACUGGCAUGGAGGGGGCAGAGGCCAGGCCUCAGAACUCUGGAGGAGCCCUGACAUGGGCCUGAGCCUAAAUGGAGUGGCUAAAGAGACUGUGGGGAACUGGUGGAAGAACAGAGAACCCAAGAGACACGUGGUGAAGGCCUGUGAGUGGAGACAGCUACCCAGGCAGAGGCGGAGAGGAAGGUGUGAGCCCCCACAUAGCCUCACCCCGCUGCUCUGGAAUCGGCUCAGUUCAGGUCAUCCUUAGUGCUUGCUCCAUCAGGCCACACGCCUGCCCUGCCCCAGGGCCAGCCACUCUGUGUCCACACACCAGCUGCCUGCCGUGCUCACCACUGUGACCAGGCCUUUCUGGUUUGUAUGUCUGGAUAUAUCCCCAGUGAGAGAAUGGCUGCGGUGGGGGUUGCUGUGGGGAGGGGGCCCUGCAGGACUUUAGGAAGCCACCUCCAGUGCUGUCCCUCACAAAACAGUCUAAUAAACAAGCAAAUGACCUGGACCGUA